AUGCCUCCCGAGCAGACGUGGCAGUUUAAAACGGGUUACGACGGAGCGAUCGGAAAUGCAAUUUUUGAUGAAAAAACCGCAAAAUGGGAAUAUUCCAAUGACAAUGAAUUCACCCUGGACGAAAAUAAAGCAUUGGAGAGGACGAGAGAUGCUAUUCAAGAAAUAAAACUGAGAUUCGAGAGUGGCUCCGUCGAUGCUACUACUGCGAUUAAGUUUCGUGAAAAGUGUCGUAACGGUUUGUGGUCCGGUCCUACUUCGGGGAAAGCUCUUGGACAUGCUAAUUUGGUGAUUCUACCGUCGAAACACAAGGACGAUUUCGAGCGGUUUUGCGCUCUGAAUUUCCAAUCGUGUCCUCUGCUGGAAAUGGUUGAAUCGACAUUUACUAUCGAUGGUGAUGGAAAUCGUCAAUUGCGGUUGAUAUCAAAAAUAGUGGCACCGGGAGCUGAUCUACUCACAGAUGCAUCGAAAUAUACUGUUUAUGACAACAGUGGUAAAGUUGAAGUUUUACGAGCCGACAGGAGUGUCCCCAAGAACGUGGAAGCUCUCACUGGUUUCGUAUUUGGAUGCAGCUUUUCAUGGGAGGAUAAGCUCGCUGAAGCAGGGGUUCCACCGAGACAUAUGGUUCAAGGCAAGAAUGUUUCUAUGUAUCGGACUAAUAUACCCAAUAAGACCGCGGGGCCAUUCGGUGGAAACUUGGUGGUGAGUAUGCGACCUUACCGUUUGGAACAAGUCCCCCUCGUUAUUGAUAUAACUAGUCGCUUUCCCCUAGCACAUGGUCGACCAAUGCACGUUGGUGACGGCAGUGCUAUUGGAGUCGACGUAACCAAACCUUCACAUUAUGGUGACACUAUAGAGGUCAAUGAUAAUGAGGUUUGUGUGUUCUGGUGUUGCGGAGUGACCUCGACAGUUGGUGCCUUAUCCGCUUCGUUGGAAUUCCUUAUUACCCAUAGUCCCGGCCAUAUGCUGGUUCUUGAUAUUACUAACGAUAUGCUCAUCGAUAUUGGUGACACUUGA